AUGUUACGAGGUGUGGAGCAUAUUGCAGGAGAUAUGUUUGUUAAUGUGCCGAAAGCAGAUGCUAUUUUUCUAAAGGAGGUUACUCACAAUUGGAGUGAUGAACAAUGGGUCAAGUUGCUGAAAAACUGCUACGACGCAAUUCCUGCAAAUGGGAAAGUGAUUUUGGUGGAAUUAGUUCUGCCAGAGGGACCAGAUUAUGCUGGAGUUGCCACCCAAAAUGCUUUGAGUAAGGACUUGAUGAUGAUGUGCUUCACCCAAGGAGGCAAAGAAAGGACAGAAACAGAAUUUGAGAAUCUUUUUUGUCUUCCCCCGGCUUUUCUAGCUCAGUUCACCCUCCGAUUUUUGGCCGCCGCCGCCACCGACGGCAGGACCCCUUUUCUUCGUUCUUUUUGCAGCUCACUUUUCAGUUCUUGCCCUAGACCUAGGUUUUCGUUUUUUCCAUUUGUCACUGUAAUGGUGUUGUCUCCGGGCAACAAAGACAGUAAAGGGCCGGCCCUUUUGGCCUUGGCCGUUCAGACCGUGCCGAAAACUUGCCCAAGCUCUGUGGUCGCUUUCGGUCGAUUUUUUAAAAAAAGAAAAAAGAAGGAUUUUGAGGUUAAAGAAGGAUGUUCUCUGAUGGUCUCGCCGUCGACCAUUGCCGGAGGUGUCGCCUCACAGAAUUUCGCCAGAGUUGAAACCCUCACUGGAGAAGGUGAAGUCCGCCAUAUCUCGUCGGCCCAGUUGUUGAGUGCGGGAAAGCCGUCCAGUUGCAGCGACGUCUUCCUUCGCUAG